AUGGCUGACGGCAAGUCCGACAUUCGUGUGCUUUACAUCUGCGGGUUGGGUAGCAAUGUCACCGGUGCAAAGCCGUCCUACAUGCGACAACAUUUCCGGCACGUGACCAUCCCGUCUGUCAAGCAUGCCAGCUACUCUGCGACGAAAGAAGCGCUGGCCAAAGAAUGCAACAGCUUCAAGCCGGAUAUUGUUGUUGCUCAUUCGGCCGGCGUGGGGAAGGCUGUCACCCUAGCGACGACUGGGACCUUCCUUGGGCCUUUGGUGCUCUUGGCCGGCGGCAAUGGCUGUGCGCCGGUCUCUGACAUGACUGGGCGAGCAGUCACACUGGUUGUGCCAAGCGCUGAUCCAGAUGCAGCUGCGCAGAAGCGGGCCUUGCGAUCGGCGCUGGACACGUCUAUGGUUUGCGGCGUGGACGUCGAGGACAAGCACGACCUCAACAAAUCCAUGGUGGAGCAAGCGAUGCUUCGUAAAAUCAUCGAGGAUACGUACAAGCGUCACACGGGAGCUGCCUUGGCCCCGGCCGUCGCCGUCGACUCUGCUGCCAAGGUGGAGACUCCUGUGAAAGAACAGGUGAAAUGGAUCUUUUCGGAGUGGGAUCUGAACGAUGACGGUCUGGUCACCGGCGCGGAGUUCAAAGAAAGCCUCGCAACGCUGUGCGAUCAGAUGUCGCCCGAGGAUGUGGAGACCGUGGUUCAAAUCGUGGAUAAGAACAAGGACGGCCAGGUGGAUGUCGAUGAGUUUCUGGAAUGGGUCUUCUCGGGUGCUGAGCAUACGGACAAGGUCCUCGCCGAGACGGCGGCGCCUUCUCCACCCGAGCCGUCUACAGCACAGGACUCGCAGGACGGGCACGCCGAAGCCACCGAAGUGGUAGAAGCAGAGCCACCACACGAGCCAGAUUCCCUGGAGCCGCCAGCUGCCCCGUCCGCAGAGCCAGAGCCGGCAGAAGCUUCGGCCGAGACGCCAGAGGCGCCGGCGGAGCCCAGCUCCAGGGAACCCGCACCACUUGAGGUGGGUGCAGAAGCAGAAGAUGCUGCCGAUCUGCCAGCUGCACCUCUUUCUGCAGUCUCGUGCUUCUACGCUGCGCAGCCUGGUCAGCUCUACACCUGGGGUCGGGGAAGCGAUGGUCAGCUUGGACAAGACAAGAUGCGAUUUCCUUCUGUGAACUGCGCCCUCCCGUACCCCAUCCCGCGCCUGAACCAGGUUGUUCACGUUUCCUGCGGUGGCGGCCAACAAGGCUGCACUGGCGCGGUCACAGCAGAUGGAGCUCUCUACACUUUCGGCAACAACUUCAAAGGUCGGUUGGGCCAUGGGGACGGGCCGAAUGUCACUGAGCCAAGAAGAGUAGAAGCCCUGGCAUCGGAGCGCGUGCUCAUGGCGGCUUUCGGAAGCGACCAUGGCUCUGCUCUGGUGGGCAGUGGCAGAGUCUUUCUUUGGGGCUGCAAUCGGUACGGACAGCUGGGCCGAGGGCACGCGGACAAGGCCGACGCCAAACCGCAGGAAGUCGUGCUGCCAGCUGCUGCGGUGCAGAUUGAUUGCGAGGACCAGUAUUCGGCCGCUCUACUCGAGGACGGAAGGCUCUUCACCUGGGGCAGCAACGGCCACGGCAGGCUUGGACAUGGAACGACGGCUGUGUCGGCACACACUCCUACCGCAGUGGCAGCCGAGGGCGUGAGCUUGGUUCUUGUGAGCCUCGGCUCUCUCUAUGCGGGGGCUGUGGGCAGCAACGGCGAGCUGCUGAUGUGGGGCUACGGUGGCCACGGCAACCUGGGCCUCGGCGACCGAGCACCUCGCUCGGCGCCGGCAGCUGUGGUUCUACCUGAACCUGCAAGGCAGCUGGCCUGCACUCGCGGCCAAGCAGGCUGCAAGGAUGGCUUGAACCCUAAAGAGGGCGGCCACGAAGGACCUCACACGGUCGUGGUCGGCACUUCAGGUGCUAUCUACACCAUGGGCACCUGUCACAAGGGCCUCCUUGCAAACCUGGGCAGUAAGGACGGCGCUUUUGGGAGGCCAUGGGACGAGUUGAAACCCUACCGUGUCGGUGGCCCGUUACGGAAUGGCUCCGAGGACGCACCAAUGUCCCCACUGGCGGUAUGGCCGCCGCCCUAUGACGCUAUCGGGCCUGUCACCAGCGCGGUGUCGGCCCACAUUCACGCGGCGGUUGUGUGUGCAGAUGGCAAAGCUUGGGCCUGGGGCUGCGGCAGCAACGAUGGCCGCUGCGGCGUGGAGCGCUUCCUCAACAAGAAAGGUGAGGGCAAGCCUCCGGAGGUGGACAUGAUGAAAUGCUACAUGAUGGGGCCGCAUCGCAUUGGCCGCUCGGCAGAGCCGUCGAACCAGUUUUCUUGCGUUGCUUAG